CCAAAUCCCUUCUCUCUCCCACCCUACCCGAUCAUACUUGCCUUUCUCCAUCUCUCUCCCUCUCACAUGCUCUCUGCUCUACUAGGCCCGAACGACUGCCCUUCGAUGGUCGCCGGCCUCGCGAGCCCUUCGUUACCGUUCUCCACGGCGAGCAGAAGCCUCCAGGCUCGUACUUUCGGACAAGUAAAGGACAGUUGGGGCAUUGAACAAUCUGAGGUAUGCCCCUCAAUCUCUCGCAGCUGGUGGAGCGGUGGCCUCCCAGGGGUCGUGACGGUGGUCUCGGCCGAGGUACUUUUGGGUCUCGGUCAUAGAUGGUCUCGACAAAGGUUUUCAUUGCUUGUGGAGUAAGUAAAUCUAAUGGUCAAGCAGACGAUCCCUACCGCAAACCAAAACCAGGGAUGUGGCAUCUUUUGGAAAAACACUUCAACUCUGGCAUUUCUAUUGAUAUGGAUCAAUAUUUUUAUGUUGGUGAUGCUACUGGAAGAGAAAAUGAUCAUAGUGAUACUGAUAUAAAAUUUACAGAGGACCGGAGCUCGGGGAAGACGAUUGGCAGUGCUAGGAUGAGUAAUGGUCUCUACUAUUUUGAGGAUAUUCUAUCUAAUAAUAAAAUUGCUCAAGGACUUAGUAGUAUCAGUUUUUUUACUGUUUAUGAUCAAAUAAUGAUUUGGCAUUAUAGAUUGGGCCAUCAUAGUUUCUCUUAUUUAAAACGUUUGUUUCCUGGUUUAUUUAAAAAAUUAAAUCCAUUAUCCUUUCAUUGUGAUAGUUGUUUACUAGCCAAGAGUCAACAUAAAUCUUAUAUCCAAGAAUCUUAUUUAUUGUCCUUCUAAACCAUUUUACCUUUUUCAUAGUGAUGUUUGGGGACCUUCUAAGGUCACCACAAUUUCUAGUAAAAAAUGGUUUGUUAGGUUUAUAGACGACCAUACUCGUCUUUGUUGGGUUUACCUAAUGAAAGAAAAAUCUGAAGUGGCAAAUUUUUUUACCGAUUUUUAUUCUAUGAUUGAAACCCAAUUUCAAACUAAAAUCAACAUUUUAAGAUCUGAUAAUGGUACAGAAUAUUUUAAUAAAAUUCUAGGCAUUUUUUAAGUGGAAAAGGCAUAUUACAUCAAUCUUCAUGUCCUGACACCCCUGAACAAAAUGGCUUAGCUGAACGCAAAAAUAAACAUUUGUUAGAAGUUGCUAGGGCUAUGAUGUUUUACAUGAAUAUGCCUAAAUAUUUGUGGGGAGAUGCUGUACUUACUGCCUCUUAUUUGAUUAACAGGAUGCCUACUCGUGUUUUAUAGUACACAACUCCUUUAUCUUGUUUCAAAAAAGGUUUUCCUAGUUCUCGGGUUUAUUCUGAAUUACCCUUAAAUUUUUUUGGUUGUACUGCUUAUGUACACAUUCCUAAAAGGUCUAGGUCUAAAUUUGAACCAAGAGCUGAAAAAUGUGUUUUUCUUGUAUCCCCUAAUAAAAAAAAGGAUAUAAGUGUUUCAAUCUUCUUACAAAUUUUUUUUAUAUUUCAAUGGAUGUUUCUUUCCUGGAAACUACUCCAUAAUUUCAGAAAAAUUUAAUUCAGGGGGAGAAUUUAGAAGAAUCAAAUUUUUGGGAACUUGUUCCUUUACCGCAUAUUAUAUUGGAUGCUUCUCCUUCUCUUAAAGAUGUUCAAACUGUUGAAACUGAAUCUAAAAUUGGUCUGUCAGAUAAAGAAAUACUACGAUUGAUUAAAAAUCGUCAAAAUCUUGAGCCUAUGGUUUAUACUAGAAAGAAUGUCAUUGAAAGAAAUAAAGACCAGCGACUCAUCUCAGAACCUGAUCAAUCUGAAGCCUUGAGUGAUGGUUAUCUGAAUACUCCAGGUAAAAAUUCUCAUUCUAUUCAUCCUUUGCCUCCAAGUGUUACUAAUCUUGAAUCCGAGCCUUCUGUAGAAAUAGCACCAAGAAACAUUAACUCAGAUCUGCACCUUCCUAUUGCCAUUAGAAAAGGGACCCGAGCCUGUACUAAAUACCCUAUUGCCAAAUAUAUUUCAUAUACCCAACUGUCUGAAACUCAUAGAGCAUUUACCACAAAUAUUUCAGACCUUGUUGUGCCUAGAAACAUAUAGGAAGCACUAGAGGAAUCAACUUGGAAAUUAGCAGUGUUUGAAGAAAUGAAUGCCUUAAAAAAUAAUGAUACUUGGGAGAUGGUUGAGCUACCUGAGAAGAAAAAAGUUGUAGGCUGCAAGUGGGUUUUUACAGUAAAAACCAAAGCUGAUGGGAGUAUUGAGAGAUAUAAAGCUAGGCUUGUUGCAAAAGGCUUCACUCAAAUCUAUGGGAUAGAUUAUCAAGAAACGUUUGCUCCUGUAGCAAAAAUAAACUCUAUCCGAGUGCUUCUUUCCCUUGCAGUGAACUCUAAUUGGCUGUUACAUCAAUUAGAUGUAAAAAAUGCAUUUCUUAAUGGAGAUUUGGAAGAAGAGGUAUUUAUGAGUCCUCCUCCUGGCUUUGAGAAGAAUUUUGAAGGGGGAAUAGUGUGCAAACUGAAGAAGUCCUUGUACAGACUUAAACAGUCUCCAAGAGCAUGGUUCGAGCGUUUUGGAAAGGUGAUAAAACACAAUGGAUACACUAAAAGUCAAGCUGUUCAUACUAUGUUUUAUAAACAUUCAAAGGAAGGUAAAGUUGCUAUCUUAAUUGUUUACGUAGAUGAUAUUCUGCUAACAGGGAGUGAUCAUUGUGAACUAGAAGCUCUAAAGAAGAAGUUGGCUGAAGAAUUUGAAAUCAAGGACUUGGGUGCAUUAAAAUACUUUCUUGGAAUGGAGUUUGCUAGGUUCAAAGAAUGUAUCUUUGUAAAUCAGCAUAAAUAUGCCCUUAUCUUCUGAAUGAGACUGGUUUGUUGGGGUGUAAGCCCGCUGAAACACCGGUUGAACCACACGAAAAAUUGCAACCCGCUCAAGAGGAGAAUGUAAAGGACAGAGAGUGCUAUCAAAGGCUGGUUGGAAGACUGAUUUAUCUAUCUCACACGAGUUCAGAUAUAGCAUUUGCAGUGAGUAUGAUAAGUCAGUUCAUGCACUCACCUGGACCGAAACACUUCAAAGCUGUUUAUAGAAUUUUGAGAUACUUAAUGGGAACACCUGGGAAAGGACUCAUGUUCAAACCACGGGGUCAUCUACAAAUUGAGACUUAUACAGAUGCGAAUUGGGCUGGUAAUGUAGUGGAUAGAAUGUCUACCUCAGGCUAUUGUUCCUUUGUUGGAGGUAACUUAGUUACAUGGAGAAGUAAAAAGCAGAGUGUGGUUGCUAGAAGUAGUGCUGAAGCAGAAUUUCGAGUUGUUGCUCAAGGUAUUUGUGAGUUCUUGUGGAUAAGAAGGCUACUUGAAGAAUUGAAGGUAUCACAGUCAUCUCCUAUGAAGUUGUAGUGUGAUAACAAGGCUGCUAUCUCAAUUUCACACAACCCAGUUUUGCAUGAUCGUACAAAACAUGUGGAAGUGGACAAGCAUUUUAUUAAGGAGAAAAUAGAGGAUGGUUCAGUGUGUAUGACUUAUAUUCCUACUGAACAACAAGUAGCUGAUGUAUUUACAAAAGGAUUGUUUAAAAAACAGUUUGAUUUUUUGAAUAGCAAGCUGACUAUGGAGGAUAUUUUUAAACUAGCUUGAGGGGGAGUGUGGGAAAAUCAAACUAUUUUUAGGAACAUUCCUAACUUAGAAUGAUUCUUGUAAGGCUGUCAAAUAUUCAAAGAUUUGACAGCUAUUCUUAUUCUAGGAAACUUAUUAAUUUGCUAAUUUAUUUUCUGUAUAUUUGUGAUUUGGUUCACACCUAUCAUAUACUUGUAUAAAUAUAUGUUCACUGAAUAGAAAUAAUAACAGAUAAAAUUUUCCCAAUAUUUGUGACUAUUACAUAUAAUUAAGGCCACCUCUCUACUUGGCAGACCUUUAUAUAAACAUUGCUUGAAUAUAAAAUAGACUAUGUAACCACAAUCAUUUGUGUGGGGUCCAAUAUUGUAGAAACUGAUAUUCUAACACGUUUGCCCAUCUUUUUCUUCCUCUUUGUGUUUAAGAUGUUUCGUCCAAAUUACUUAAAAGUUAUUUUUGCAUCAUGCAAUUUACAAGUAACAGUUAUAACAACUACUAGCUUUGUAUUUAAUUAAGAACCAUGCACAUUUCCUUUAGUAUUUAAUGCAUUCUUUUGAAAGAUAUAUCGAUUGCUUGUUGGAUCUAUAAUGGAGGCAAAAGCAUCUUCAAGAAAGUGUUUGAAGGAUUUUCUUUUAUCAUAUAUGUUUGGUUGUUACAUAUUUAUUUUAUUCUUUUGAAUGUAAUAUAAUAUAUAGCAGUGUCUUUAUGUAACACUGAGAACAAGUUUAAGAUAUAUAUUUAUAUUUAUUAUGACUAUUAAACUUCUUACUUCUUAGUUUGGUUGCUCUAAUGUUUUUGUUGUCUCUUAUAAUUCUGUUUGUGAAGAACAAAAGCAGGGGAGAGCAUUAUAUUGAGUUUUAUAAUUCUUUUCGUUUGCCAUGUAUAAGUUUGGUCUUUAUCUUGUGAGAUAUUUUUUUUUUUUGGGAGUACAUCGAAUAAGUGUGGCAACUUAAUAUAAUAAAAGUAUGUGUGGACCUCUCUUGUUUUUUUUAUUUCUAGUGGUCAACAUUUUAAGAACUUUUUAUUUCCUGUGGAGAAACUUUUUAUUAAUUUUUUAGUUUUUUGUUCUCCUUUGCUUUGGUGAUCAUUAUUCUUUAAGUUCUUACCAUUGUUCUCUGAUUAAUUCUUUGAUGACAAUUAUUUCUUU